UUGCACUUCACAAAUUAAUGACCAUGAGCUCGUUUUUGAUAAACUCCAACUACAUCGAGCCCAAGUUCCCUCCCUGCGAGGAGUACGCUCAGCACGGCGGCCCCGGCGGCGGCGGAGGCGGCGGGGGCGGCUACCCCCCGCACCCCCAGCACCCCCAUCACCCCCAGCAACACCCCCAUCACCCCCAGCAACACCCGCCGCCGCCGCCGCCGCCGCACCUGCAGCCUCCCCAGCAUUCGCAUCCCGGCGGCGGGCACUCGCCCCCCGGCUACUUCCAGCAGCGUCCGAGUAGGGAUCCCGGUUACCAGGCUCCCCCUCCUCCUCCUCCUCCACCUCCUCCUCCUCCCCCUCCUCCUCUUCCUCCUCCACCUCCUCCGCCGCCACCCCAGGCUCUCUACCCCGGGCAGGCACCUAGCUACCCCUUCGGCUACGGCAGCGCCAGCCCCGGGCGACAGCAACAGCAGCAGCAGCAGCAGCAGCAGCAGCAGGACCAGCCUCCGGGCACCUCUCCCCAUGCCAAAGGAGCCGGGCAGCCCUUACUCCAGACCCACGUCCUGCAGCAGCAGCAGCAGCAGCAGCAUCAGCAGCACCCAGCUCCACCGCCUCCUCCUCCUCCUCCUCCUCCUCCUCCUCGCCCCUGCGAGGCGGCCCCCUUGGCCGGCGUCCCGGCAAGGGGCAGCCCCCCUGGGUGCCCCCUGCUUCUGCCCGACAAGAGCCUCUCGGGCCUGAAAGGCAAAGAGCCCGUGGUGUAUCCCUGGAUGAAGAAGAUCCAUGUCAGCACGGUCAACCCCAAUUACAAUGGAGGGGAACCCAAACGGUCUCGAACCGCCUACACCCGGCAGCAGGUCUUGGAGCUGGAGAAGGAGUUUCACUUUAACCGUUACCUGACCCGGCGGCGUCGCAUCGAGAUCGCCCACACGCUUUGCCUCUCGGAGCGCCAGGUCAAGAUCUGGUUUCAGAACCGGAGGAUGAAAUGGAAGAAAGACCACAAGCUGCCCAACACUAAGAUGCGUUCCUCAAACCCAGUCUCUGCCAGCCAGUCAUCAAAAGCACAGACUCAGGGCCAGCACCACCACCCUCACCACCAUCCAGAUGGCUCCACAUCAAACCCCUCGGCCCUAUAAUCUCACAGACACCUACCUAGUCCUAUUUUUCCCCCAACUGCUUUUGCUUUCCUUUCCUCCCUCCCCUUCCCCCGCCUUCCCCCUCAAUUCUGGACCACAUAGACAAUAAGCAAAACCCAAUGGUGUAUGUAAAGAAAGUGAAAAUUCCUGCACCAGAGUACAGGUUGCUUUCCAUUCUAUUCCUGGACAGCUAUUCCGAUGAUUUAGAUACUGCUGGCGUGCUACCGUAAUAGUUACUUAUGGAAAUACCUGCAGAGCAAGGGAUGAGAGAUCCUGAAUCUUUGAAAAGGAUCCCUUGCUGUAAAAUACCUUUGAAAGAAGGUUAGAAAAGCCCCCCAACAAACUAGUGAGACAUUGACACAGAAUCAGACACCGAGUUUAGUUGGGCUGUUCGGGGAAUGUGUGCAUGAGCCACGUCCAGAAGGAAGAAAGUAGGCUUUCCCUCCAUGGAGGUCAACUCACAAGAGCUUACGAGCUCAAACAUGAGAGACAUUUUGAACAUCUUGAGGUUAUUUAAUUGGUUUCUAAGUGUAUAGCCCCGAUGUAGUUGUGAUACAUUAGUUUCUCCUUAUCGCAUUUAUUUAAAGUAUUGUUAUAGGGAUACUGUCUUACUCUCUGGCACGGUCUAGUGAGUGAGAGGAGUGCUUUUAGGUCCAUGUGCAACUGUAAAAUUGUGCAUUUUCUUGUUCUGUAUAUAGAGCGAAGUGCUGGGAAUAAACUGUAAAAAACAUUAAAGGCUUAAAACACGGGUUCGUGUGUUUCCUAAAAUUUCUGCUUUUAUUGUUUGGUUAAAAUGAUCCCCUGAGUGCAAAGUGUAGGCGUGUCAUGCUAUAUUAAUUUUAAUACUGAUUGCCAACAUAAUGUGUGUUUGUCUUCAACUUUAGUUGAGCAGAUGUCUUGCUUCGUCGGUUGCCUGAAUAACAACAGAAAAGUUCACAAUGGAAGAAAGUGUUAUUUAUUGUUUAGUUGGCUGGCGGUUUUUUUUUUUUUAACAAACUUGGCACAGACUUAGCUUGGAUCUAUAUGGUUAUGUGGAUAUGUCCUUCUCUAUAUAAAGCAGCCUGCACGGAAGUUCAGCAAAUUCCAUAGGGAUGAUUUGUGCAAUCCAGUUCCACAUUGAACCAUGAUGACACCUGAAAUGAGUGGUCGGUCAUUAUUAAUUCAUCACAUUGGUAUUUAUUGUACCUUUUCAAGUAACUAGCAUGUGUUGCGGGAAAAAAAAAUACAGUUGUGCAAAGAAGUUCUGGUCGACUGUCUGUUUUAAAGAUACCCGUAUACUAAGCAAUGUCUUGUGUUCUGGAAAAGAAAAAAAAAACAGCUUUAAAAAUAAAAUGAAGCUCU